AUGGACCAUAGUGAAUCACUAACGUUUAACCAGCUUACGCAGGACUACAUAAAUAAACUCAAGGAUGCUUUCCAAAUGCUAGAUGAGGAUGAAGAUGGUCUAAUUAGUCGGAGAGAUCUUACCAAGAUAUAUGCAACAUUGGGGAAGACAUUGACAGAUGAAGAAUGGUCCAAAAUGGUACCCGAAAAUGACACCACUAUGGCGGAGAUUGGUAAAGAAGGUGUAAGCUUUCCCAUAUUCUUAUCUAUCAUGGGAAAGAACUUAUCGCAGUUUCCCGAUCGUGAAGAACUAGAGAAGAGUCUAAAAUCCAUUGGAAGAGAACAUGAUUUAAACGUUCCCCUCAAUGAGGUCAUUGAUUCUUUGAAGGAAGCGGGUUUUGAAAAUCCUGAGGAAGAGUUUGCUAAACUUUUCAAACUGUUUACUACAAAUCAGCAGGCUACCGAUGAGAAGACUUUCAGAGGUAAGCUUUUCCUAGAUUCAAUCACUGAUUAA